ACGCCCAUCUGAUGUCCAGCCCCGCCCCCAUCCAGCGGGCUGCAGCCAGGGGUUGCAUCCACGAGCGAGCGAGUAGUUAUGGGUCGUCGGUGUGUGUUUGGUUGUGCGAGUUCUCGGUGUCUUUUCCCCUUUCCCUCGAGCCCGUGGUUACGGAGGAGGUGGCUGGAGUUCACACACUUUGAGGAGGGAGGCCUCUGCGCAAACUCACGCUUAUGUGACCGACAUUUUUCAGACGACUCCUUCGAUAAUCUGGGGAUGUACACAGCUGGGAUGGCUUGCUACCUGUCUCUGACAGAAAACGCGAUCCCGUCGGUGUACACCGUCGGCACAUCUCCUCCUGUUAAACCAGCUACGAGAGAUGUUGCAUGUCAGUGUGAAGAGGAUCAAGACACUCCAAAGAUACACAGGAGGAGUAAAGCGAUCCAAGUGCGUCCCCUGACAAAGACCACUUCGUCGGACACGUCAGAUCGGUGUGGCGGUGAGUCUGACGUGCCGCCGCAGCUCACAUCUUCACCUCUGAAAAGGCGAUGGAGUGAAACGAGUGAGAGCUGGGAGAUCACGGUGACCACCGACGACCCCGACGACCCUGAAGUGCUGUCGGACUCCGACUACGUGCCCGGUGACACUCAGGAUGCCUUCAGUAUCGAGGAGCUCGGCAGCGCUUGCCCGACGCUGUACAGCACCAGAAAGUACAUGGUGUAUGAAGACAAUCUAAAGCAGCUGUUCAGGAUGUGCCCAACAUGCACUCGCACCUGCCACAUUGAAACAGUUGUGGUUGGGACCUUUGUAUCCGUCACACAGGUAUGUUCGCACUGUCUCCACAAAAAAGUUUGGAAAAGCCAGCCUCACAUCGGGAGCAUCCCAGCAGGCAAUCUUCAGCUGUCGGCUGCAGUGGCUUUCAAUGGGGCCUCGUACAAUCAGAUUCACAAGGUACUGUCAUCACUGCGUCUGGAGUGCAUUUGUCCCCGGACCUUCUUCCAUCACCAGAGAGUUUUCCUCCAGCCUACCAUACUCCUGCAGAGGAGGGCUGAGCAGCAGCAGCAGGUGAUCGAGGGGGCAGAGCUCUCGGGAAAGCCCAUCACCUUUGGAGCUGACUCACCAGACUACGUGGACAACCUGCAGGAGCUGCUUCUGGAGGAGGUGGCCCUGAAUCCUGGCCCUUACCAGGAACUCGGAGACCUCGAGUGAAGCUCCAUGAAAGUGUUGGCGCCACUUUUGAGAGGCCGAAACCUGCAGGAAGAAGUGGUCCACCACUGGUCUCGUUUUUGUUUUCUCAGGAGAGAGUGUAAAUAAAACGUUUUUAACUGUC